CAGAAGUGCAUGUGCAACAAUUUUUCAAACUCAAAUCAGAUUUCGAAGUGAUAUUAUCAAAAAUGUGCCAGAAGAUUUAUCCCUCCGAGGGCUUCCUCGCCUUCCACUAAGUGCCUACUUUGUUCACGCUUUUGCUUCGAUAUGGAUACCCACCGGUUUGUCGGAGGCGUUCGAAGCCAAUCUUCUAUCAAAAAAAUCACAAACAGCACGGUUUCUUCUUUUUUGAACCAGAGAGCCACUUCUCUUCGCCUUUGUUGCUCAGGUUAGCACAGGCGAAAAAUUUCCACGGCUACAUAUCCCUACCUUGCACAUCGUCCUCGAGUUCAGAUUAACUGGCAACGAAAGCCUUAUCGAAUCAGGAACCUGCAGACAUUCACAAUGAAUGCCAAAAACAUGGACCGACAGUCCUGGGAACCCUACUCUUCGACCUACUCACGCCUUGAAUGCUCCAUCCAUUCCCAGGAUAGUUGCUAUGCAUCGGAUGAGGUCUCUAUGACCUCGACCAAGUUGCCUGCUCCAAAUUCACUUGCUUCUGCCUUGAAGGCCCCGCUUCGUCCGAUCCUGAAAUCCAUCUUGAAGAGACCAUGCGCCAAAUCCGAAGAUGGAUCGGAGUCUGGCUAUGGAUCACAUGAAAUGUCAGAUGGUGAAUGCAUCAAUGCGUCCGAUAUCACAUCCGAAAGUGGGGAUGAUCUCUUGGAACAAAGCGAUGAUGAAAGUGUUGAUGCAAGCGACGACGAAAGCGAUGAAAGUGACGAUGAAAUGUAUUACGUCACGGCAUGGGAGGAUGACACGGACGCUUCUGACUCCGAUGAAUCCGACAUCAUGUCUGAAUACGGCGAAGAGGACGGAGUCGAUUCACUCGACGGUUCCUUCAUCUCCUUUGAGUCGCCCGGUGUUCGGUUUAACUCCGAAAUCAUCUAUCAUGAGGCGACCUAUUUCUCCGACGCCGAUGACGAAGACGAAGAGCCCCAGACUGGAAUGACAUGCCAUGAAAUGAUGCUGCUUGCACGUGAAUGUAACACGGAAGACAAGGACAGCGAUGAAGCUGAAAUUUCGAAGUGCAUCAAAGAAAUGCCCGAACAUUAUCCUAGCGAUCUGGUCGACGUGGACAAGUGCCUAUUCGCGGCAUACAUGCAUGGCAUUCAAGGGAUCGCAGACCCUGAAUACAAGGCGCGCCUUCGUGCGCGAACCAAAGAGGUCAGGGCGGGGCGUACCCAGUCUCCAUACCUGGAUUCGAAAGAGCCAAACUACAUCUACAUCGACCAGGCUUUGAACCACGUCCUCGGAAGCUUUAGCAACCUCGUUACAGAAGAGGAGCUGGACGACCUCGUCACUAUCAGCGAUUCAAAGGGGCUUACACAGCGGCUACCUGGGGCCGCGGAAACCCUUGAUCGAUACUUAACGGGCAAGAUAGAGGACCUCCUCUUGGAGAGACUGGCCACCGACGAUGUCAUCAUCGGAUCGGAUGAGCUGAGCUUUUUCGCCGGCGGUAUUGGCUUUGCCAUCGAGCAUUGGAGGCCUUAUGUCUGCUGCCAUUAAACAUGCAGUGGGGAUUCUACCAAUCCACUGAACCAACCAGGCGGGCACAGAAAAU